CAUAAGUCGGACUCCGAGGAGCCAGGAAGUAACCGUGAGCCAUGCAGCGCGAGGGAUAAAAAAGUGAAGCGAGCGCUAGAGAAAGAGAGAGAGAGAAAGAGAGAGAGAGAGAGAGCGAGCAGUUCAGGAGUCCAUACUGAGGAGGAAAAGUGAGGAGGAGGGAGGAGAGAGAGAGAGAGAGACGCGCACUCACAGCCUUUUGUGCCAAAAUAAGGCGAAUAUUUACGGCGAGCACGCUGCUCCGCGCGCCUCAGUCACCGCGAGCAAAAGACGGAAGGAAAUAAGAGCGGGAAUCAGAGGAGAGAGAGAGACGCAGACAGACAGAGAGAGAGACUUUUCGAGGCGACGUUUCUCUCGUAAGGCUCGUCAGAAAAGUCGGCGGAACAGACCGAACUCAGCGCUCAGGAUGCCGCGGGUGGUGCCGGACCAGAGAAGCAAGUUUGAAAACGAGGAGUUCUUCAGAAAGCUGAGCCGAGAGUGCGAGAUCAAAUACACCGGUUUCCGAGACCGACCGCACGAGGAGAGACAAGCCCGCUUUCAGAAUGCCUGCAGAGACGGCCGAUCAGAGAUAGCUUUUGUGGCGACUGGCACCAAUCUCUCGCUGCAGUUCUUCCCUGCUAACCUGCACGGAGAGCAGAGGCAGAUGCCCACCCGAGAGUACGUGGACUUUGAGCGGGAGCCAGGAAAGGUGUACCUAAAGGCCCCUAUGAUCUUGAAUGGAGUAUGUGUGAUCUGGAGAGGCUGGAUUGACCUGCAGCGUCUGGAUGGGAUGGGCUGUUUGGAAUAUGAUGAUGAAAGAGCACAGCACGAGGAUGCUCUGGCUCAGGCAGCCUUUGAGGAGGCUCGCAGAAGGGCUCGUGAUUUUGAGGACAGGGAUCGUUCACACCGCGAGGACCUGGAGGACCCUGUGGCAUCAAAAAUCUGGGACUGAUGGCAUUCACGGACCAGGCCCAGGCGACAGCAGGACCCCAGCCCUGGCUCCAACAUGGGCAACACUGAUGAUCACAAGAUGCGCUAGCGGCAAUCAACAAUCAAGUGGGCAGGGGAAGGGUCACAUGAUCUCCAUCACCACGGCAAUCUCAUACACCCCGCCCCAUUCGCUGAUCACACGAGAGACCAAAGUCCACAUUGUCUGGGUUUUUUUG